UUUAUAAAUUUUUUUAUUAUAUUUGUGUAUUCUUGAAAUAAUCCCUAAAAUAAAUUUAAAACCUAUAUUUUCGAUAACAGCCAUUAGAACACUAGAGUCGAGUGUUUCUGUAAUACAUACAAUUGCAGAGGAAAGAUAGAUCAUAGAUAAAGGAAGAGGAGCUUACUUAAUUCAAGUAGUGUUGGUAAAAGAGGCAUCUUCACCACCAACUAUACCAGCCGCCAUUGCUUUCCAUUCACUCCUAAGGUGUUAGUGUUAGUAAAAAGAAGUUUCAACAAUGAACAAGGGUAAGAUUUUUAAGCUAGCAAAGGGGUUCCGUGGACGGGCCAAGAAUUGCAUAAGAAUAGCAAGGGAGAGGGUGGAAAAGGCAUUGCAGUAUUCCUACAGAGAUCGUCGUAACAAGAAGCGAGACAUGCGUUCCCUCUGGAUCCAGCGGAUAAACGCUGGCACUCGCCAACAUGGGGUUAAUUAUGGCAACUUCAUGCAUGGGCUUAUGAAAGAAAACAUUCAACUGAACAGGAAAGUUCUGUCUGAGUUGUCUAUGCACGAACCAUACAGUUUUAAAUCCCUGGUCGACAUCUCUCGUACUGCCUUCCCAGGAAACAAGCACAUUGUUUUUCCUCCCAAAAAAGAAGGCAUUUCAAUAAAUGUGUAAUCGACCAAUAGAGCUCUCUUCACGAGGAAGAACAGACAGCCACAAUUCUUCAUGGGCAGAUUGUUUAGAGACAAAUUAGCAUAAGAAGGCUUGUUACCUUGCUUUGCUCCUGAGAUAGCAACAGACAUAUUUUCACAGUUUUUGCGGUGUCUCUUUCGAUAUCUUUCUGUUUGGUAGCUGAUAUUUUUGAUGUACUUUUCAACUGUUGCUAUUAGUAUUAGCUUAGAGUUUCUUCAGAACACUUGAUUAACAUUAAGCUUUCUUAUAUGAUGGUGAAAUGUUGAUAAUGUUCAUAUUGGUUUUAAUAACUGGUGCCCAGUAGAUGUGUUUUAUUUACUAGUA